AUGGCCUCCGAGGCCCAUGAACCGGUCAGGUUUGACAACAAUGCUGCGAUAGCAGCCGAAGUCGAGCACGAAAAGACCGAAACCGCACGCGACAAUGACUCGGACAUCAGCGAAGACACCAGAGUCGCUCAACACGAGCACACCGGUGACGAUGCACAACAAGAGUCCAAGUUAGAAAGACCCGGCACAUAUGAUAAGGUCGAGAUCACGGAAGAAGACUGCUACGACGAGCUCGGCUAUGGCUUCUCUCCCUUGAAGAAAUGGACGGUUCUCACCAUCGUCUUCCUUGUACAGGUAUCCAUGAACUUCAACACAUCACUCUACUCCAACGCUAUCAAGGGCAUCGGCGAAGAAUUCAACGUCAGCGCACAGGCUGCGCGUCUGGGUGCUGCGAUUUUCCUCGUCACCUACGCUUUCGGCUGCGAGCUAUGGGCACCUUGGUCAGAGGAGUUCGGACGAAAGCCUGUCCUCCAGGCUAGCAUGUUCCUUGUCAAUAUCUGGCAGCUCCCUGUGGCCUUACCACCAAACUUCGCAACUAUUCUCGUUGGUCGCGCGCUCGGAGGACUGAGCACUGCUGGUGGCAGUGUCACUCUGGGCAUGGUUGCUGAUAUGUUUGAAGCCGACAAUCAGCAGUAUGCUGUAGCCUACAUCGUCUUUAGCAGUGUCGGUGGCUCUGUCCUCGGACCUAUUGUGGGAGGCUUUGUCGAACAGCACCUUGCAUGGAGGUGGAAUAUCUGGAUCCAGCUCAUAUUUGGCGGUGCCGUACAGAUCGCUCACUUGUUCCUCGUCCCGGAGACUCGAAGCACCAUUAUGAUGGACAGAAUUGCCAAGAAGCGCAGAAAGAGCGGCCAGGAUCCCAACAUCUAUGGUCCCAACGAGCUUGAGCCUUUCAGAGAGCGAUUCUCCAUGAAAGAGACACUGCAGAUCUGGAUGCGACCUUUCAAGAUGUUUGUCACUGAGCCUAUCGUGCUGGUGUUGUCGCUUCUGUCAGGUUUCUCCGAUGCGCUCAUCUUCAUGUUCAUCCAGUCCUUCGCACUGGUCUACGAACUAUGGGACUUCUCAGCUCAACAAGUCGGGCUUUCAUUCCUAGCUAUCGGUGUCGGCUACCUUCUCGCCUGGCUCUCCUUCUUCCCAGCAAUCAAGCGCAACAUCGCGAAGCGCCGGAAGUUUCCUGAUGAUGAACGAGUCCAGUACGAGGAUCGUCUAUGGUGGUUAUUAUAUACUGCGCCAUGUCUGCCUAUCGGCCUUAUCAUUUUCGCUUGGGUAUCUACCGGACCACCGCUUCCGUGGAUCGCCUCUAUGAUUGCGGCAGCGAUCGUCGGCAUCGCGAACUAUGCUAUCUACAUGGCUACAAUCGACUACAUGAUCACUGCCUACGGCCCCUACUCUGCGUCCGCGUGUGGUGGUAACGGAUGGGCCAGAGACUUCCUCGCUGGUGUGCUCACGCUCCCAGCAACGCCAUUUUUUGAAAACAUCGGAGCAGAUGCUGGCGGCAACAAGCACCUCGCCUACGCGUCUACCAUUCUGUUCUGCAUUUCCGCUGUGCUCGUCAUGGCCGUUUACGUGAUUUACUGGAAAGGUCCAGUACUACGGAAGCGCUCGCCAUUCGCCCAGCAGCUUGCAGACGCCCGCAGCGACAACGAAGGCAGACGACUCUCCUACAUCCCCGCCGGCGAAAGCCGUAGAGCCAGCUCCGCCACGUACGGAUGGAGCGAUGCCAAUCGUCAAAGCUACGCGGCUGGAGCGGAAGCACGUCGCAGGAGUAUGGGCCCUAGAUUGGAUAGCCAUCAUCGGCGUCGCAGUUCCGCCGGGGUGAAGACUGAGGUUUGA